AUGUAUACCCCGAAGAAAUCCAUCAAACACUUCCUCGCCAUCCACGACGUUAGCAUCUCCGACGCUAAACGCAAGGCCAUGGAACACGGAAUCAAGGGAACCCCACAAAUGUCCCUUCCUGCGGCGCUCGUCAUGAUAUUGCUCAGCUUUAUCUUCUUCAUGCUCUUAGCAUUCGGGGCUAGUUUGCUCGUGUAUUCUCUCGAGGGCCGGUAUAAUCCGCCGGCGCCACCACAAUACUACUAUGGAGACAACCGAAGAAGGUUGCCCGAACUGCUCGACUUUGCGGACCAGACAGAGCCGCUCCCUCGGUAUGAGCGCGAGGAUUCUACCGAGAGACCACUCCUUGAUUUCGAAGGGAGUACACCACCCCCCGCCUACGGCACCGUCUUCCACAUUCCUGCGCCAUGUGAUGAUGAGGAGAAUCAUCCAGCAGAAUCGUCGCCAGAUGGACCAGACAGAAGCGAUGCUUCCCACAUGGUCUAA